AUGCUUCGCAUUCUUCGAUCACGUGAAGCAACCACGGAGAGAUCAUCUCCUUUACCAUCUCUACCACACCAUGAUGUCGAACAAGUGGUUCCGGUAUCUGACGUGAUAGCUGACGAACAGAAUCAAGUCUUUGCUCUGACAGCCACGAUAGACAAUGUUUUGACAGAACCAAAGAAACCGGAAGGUCAACCAACUACACGGACACGGCAGAAGAAAAUCCCAAAAAAUUCAGCCUCAAUUAGUGUUCAGACAGACUGGACAUGGAAGGAUAUGGAGAUGCUCGAAAAAUAUCGAGUAAAAGAGCCUGAACCUGAGGAAUCCGAUAGCGAUGUCGAACCAAUUGAAUCUGUUUCAAAAGUCGAAGAACCACCGGAACAAGUUGAGUCGACGACUACGUCAUUACCGGAACUACCGAUUGUCACAUCUGUCGGUCCACCACCUAUUUUACAGUAUAAUCCAGAAUCGAAACAGAAAUUAGAUGAUCUACCUCGCACAGACGAAGAAAUUAAUGAAGAUGAACUGCGUGAAUUAGGUGUACAUGUUUAUGGACGUGUUCCAUGUGAAUUUUGUGGAAAAGAACUACGAAUCUGGCCAACAAUUGUUGAACAAGAGACCUCUCCACCGAGUGAACUGUUCUGUUGUACGGAAUAUCGAGAAUUUGUUGAAGCUGUCCUUGAAAUGCAGAAAGAAGAAAACUCUCGACUUGAUUCAAAACCAAUCGAUAUACAACCACAUGCAAAAGUUCGCAGCCGACGUGCUCGACAGCUGGCAGAAGAACGAGCGAAAGCAAGACUUUGGGAACGUAAUGCAGCUGAACAGAAACGUCUCGAAGAACAAGUACAAGAAUUUGCAAACAGCACCAACCCGAAAGCCAUGGGCCGUCAAGCACGAAGACAUCAUGGAAUGACAGCAAGAAGCGCUCAGAAUGCUGCAGCAAAUGCCAGCGGAGCUGAAUUGGCAGCAAGAAUGAAGACAUUCACAUAUCAAUUAUCGAAUCUGAAGUAUGUGGAAGAAGGAUGGACAUUGAAGGGACCAACUGAUUUCGAACUAAGCUCCGAUGAAGAAUCUGACUUGGGAGAACAUAUUUUAAUACCACGAGAUAUUUCCACGGUAGCAUUCAAAAAGAGUGAACGACCGCUAGUUCAACGUUUCUAUAAAGAUGGAACAACUGCAGCUAUUCUUUUUUCCACUGGAACGGGUUCUCUCUAUUACCCAUCCGGUAAUCUGGCCGUUAGUAUCUCCGAAGUAGCUCGAGCGAUGCUUCUCUACACGGCAUUUACUGAUGAACCAUCAUAUGCAUCCAGACAAAUAGCACAAUUCGAUCCCUUCGGAAAUGGAUACUGUAAUUUUACUAAUGGUAAUUUAAGAUUACAAUUGACAGCACUUGAAGGAAUCGAAUUGAAUUCGGACGGUAGUCGACGUCGUCGAUGGCAUUGGUGGGCUAAAGAAAAUUCAAUAUCGGAACCACACAUUCAUGCUCCUCCGUGUCAGCCGAUACUGUUUCAUUUAAAUGAGGAAAUUGCGAUAAAAGUCUGUUCGCAAGAAAAAAUUUACUUGAGAUUUUCAUGUGAACUCGUUGAUCUUAAAUUUAAAGUUGGUGCAAGAUUAAAAGUAAAUAAUGUCAAUAAUCUACCAUCAACACAAAAAAGCGACCCAUAUGACAGUUAUUUAAAAAAGAAGAGUACCGUAUUAACACGAUUAUUGAAAAAUAUUCAUACAGAGGCACAGCAGUAUGUUAAAAGUCAAGAGCCUAUUCGUUCAUCACAGGAACCAACACGAUCAGUUCAGGAACCAGCUCGAACUGCUCACAAAACAACUGUAGUUAGUCUUUCACAACAAAACCGUAAUAAAACUCCGAUAAAAGAAAGCUUAUUUCCGCCUAUUCGACAAAAUGAAGAGAAGGUGCAAAAUAAUCGUAAAAUUUAUCGUAGUGUCGUUGUCACGUAA